AUGUAUCCCAAUAAUACUGGCCCUCAACCCGAAGGCCAAUGGUCCUCCGGGCUCUGUGAUUGUUUUCAAGAUUCCUCCAAUUGUUGUGUUACCUGCUGUUGUCCUUGCAUCACAUUUGGCCGCGUUGCUGAGAUCGUGGACAGAGGUCAAACAACUUGUGCUUGCGGGGGUUUGAUCUACUACGCCCUAGCACAUUUAGGUUGUGCAUGUUUGUACACGUGCACGUACCGAACCAAACUGAGAGCCUUGUAUUCGUUGCCGGAAGAUCCGUGCGGGGAUUGCUGUGUCCAUUUUUGGUGCACUACUUGCGCGCUUUGUCAAGAGUACCGUGAGCUCAAAAGCCGUGGAGUGGACCCUACUAUAGGUUGGGUAGCCAAUGCUCAGAAAAUGAACAGCGGAGCCACAACGCCACCAUUUGUUGCACCGGGCAUGACUCGUUAAGGCUUCUGUGGCAGUUUUAAUUUGCAUUCAUCCUUGUGUUCAAUCUGUC